CCAUCAUCCAUUCCAUCUCACAUUCACACCUUCAUCAAUACCAUGAACCCACCACCACAACACCACCAACCCCAACCCCAAUCCCAAUAAGCAAGAAAAAAUGACCCUAAAACCCCUAACCAGCAGCAUCCACAUCAAAACGCACCCGGCCCCACGCUCCCUCUCCGAAAGCAAACUCAUUCUCUCUGCACUCCAGAAAUUCGGCGAAGUCGUGACAUUUCGAAAUCUAAAAUACGACCCCACAAACACAUCCCCCAAAUCCGCACACAAUACCAUCGCCAUCUUUGAGUCCGCGGCCGCAGCGUCUUCGGCCAUUGCGGCGUCGCCGAUUACUAUCCCUGUACAAUCUCAAACACAAACACAAACACCAACUCAAUCACAAAGCCAGAGUCUAGAGGGAAAAGACGAACUUCCCUCGCGUACAGCUACACACCCCACACCACAAUCACAAUCACAACCACAACCCCAAGGACCGACCCUAACAUGCACGAUCCAACCAUCGCGACAUAACCACGUCUCGGCGAUGACGCGCAACCCAUACCAUACGUUCUUCUACGUGGAUAAGGAAAGCCAUAUGUAUAAAGAUCUGGUGAAGAGUGGGAUACCGUUGGAUUAUCUGGCGGAUGGGCCGAUGAGGAGGAAGGCGCAUGUGCCGGAGCGGGUGAAGAGGAUGCUGGAUCGGGAUGUGUGGAGGUUUGGGGGGAAGAGUUUGAUGGGGUUGUAUCGGUUUGGGGUGGAGAGUGAGAGUGAGAGUGGGAAUGGGAUGGAAGGGCAAGGGGAGAGGGAGAGGAAGGAUGGGGAGGGUGAGGGUGAGGGGACGAAGUGAUGUGAUGUGAAGUGGAUUGGGUUGGGUUGAUGAUUGUAUGAUAUGUUUCCUUUUUUUUCCCCUGUAUAAUAGGGUGGGUCGGUUGGAUUGUACAUGUAUGUAUAGCGGGCUACGUACGUCACUUCGUUUAUUGUAAUUCUAAUAGGUGAUGGGUAGGUGGGCGGGUACAUUAAUAGCUAUGAAUGAGGUUGAUGGCAUGUAAGAUGAAG